UUCAGAAUCAGUUCAGUUCAGUUCAGAAAGCAACCGCGGUCAGCCGUCGUCGGUCGCGUGGUCGAGAUCGUCGACGUUGGGACAUCUUUGCGGGUUUAUUUUGGCGCUACGCCGUCUAACAACGUUCAUAUUUGUUAUCUACAAACCAUCCGUUUCUUGUUGUGCCAUUUGUCGAGAUUUGCGAAGGAAAUAUAAGUGUAACAGUAGUGUUGAUUAUUGUGUUCUCUAGAAGACUACUGGAGGAUGCCGGAUCCAACGCGAAUCGAUUCCUUGGUGAAGGAAUUCAACGAUAGUCCUCAUGGGCCGAAAAAGUUGCACCAGUCCAGGACCCGGUUUAUGCCCAUCGUUUUUGGCCGAGAUGGGAAGGCUCAACCAAAACCCGGACCUCGUAGUGCCGAAGCACAGGACUUCUAUGCCUUGCGAAAGCGAUGCCUCCGCAGCGGAACCCUAUUCGAGGAUCCAGAAUUUCCAGCCAACAAUUCAUCGCUGACAUUCAGCGGGGAAUCCCGGCCAAACCUCAAAUGGCUUCGGCCCAGUCAAAUUUCGCCAGAUCCGAGAUUCUUCGAGGCAAGCUAUUCGCGAUUCGACGUCAACCAAGGAGAGCUCGGAGACUGCUGGUUGCUGGCUGCGGCCGCAAAUCUAACCCAAGAUCCGCAACUGUUCACCAGGGUUGUCCCAGAGGACAACAGCUUCAAACAGGACUAUACAGGGAUUUUUCACUUCAGGUUUUGGAGGUUCGGCCAGUGGUGCGAUGUUGUGAUCGACGAUCGGUUACCGACGGUGAAUGGAAAGUUGGUCUAUAUGCGAUCAACGGAAGAUAAUGAGUUCUGGAGUGCUCUGCUGGAGAAGGCCUAUGCGAAACUGUUUGGGUCGUACGAGGCUCUGCGGGGAGGAUCGGCUAGUGAAGCGAUGGUAGAUUUCACCGGAGGUAUAGCAGAAUCAUACGAAAUGAAGGAUGUUCCAAAGGACUUGUUCCAAAUUAUUGAAAAGGGGUUCAGGAGUCACGCAAUGUUUGCGUGUAGUUUAGAACCCGAUCCGUAUAAGCCGGAGGCGGAAACUCCUCAAGGUUUGAUCCGAGGCCAUGCAUACUCGUUGACGAUGGCCAAGAUGGUGGAUAUCCAAACGCCGAAUGUUAAGGGAAAGAUUCCCUUGUUGAGGCUCAGGAAUCCCUGGGGAAAUGCUAAUGAGUGGAAUGGAGCGUGGAGCGAUAAAUCUCCGGAGUGGAAAUAUAUUCCCGAAGAAACGAAGCGAGAGAUUGGUUUGAUUUUUGAGCUGGAUGGGGAGUUUUGGAUGUCUUAUCAGGACUUCGUGAAGUACUUCGAUCGUAUCGAAAUGUGCAACAUGAGUCCAGAUUGCCCAAUAAUCCGACAAAAUGGAAACUAUCCCUGGAAGCAAUCGUCUUUCGAAGGUGAAUGGGUUAUUGGAAGCACUGCUGGUGGAUGCAGAAACUAUCCAGACACAUUCUGGCAUAAUCCACAGUAUGUAGUGCAUCUGAAAGAACCCGACAAAGAUGAUGCCGAAGGAAAAGCAACAGCCAUAAUAGCAUUACUGCAGAAAAAUCGAAGAUCUAAACGCAACAAAGGCAUGGAUUGCCUAACCGUGGGUCUAAUCAUCUACCGAGUAACAGAACGUGAUCUCAUCCGAAAGCCUCUACCCAAAGAAUUCUUCCUACGGAAUGCUUCCGUAGCCCGAUCGACCUUCGUGAACUUACGAGAAGUGACCUGUCGUUUCCGAAUGGAUCCCGGGACUUACGUGGUGGUCCCUUCCACCUUUGAGCCGAACGUUGAAGGCGAGUUCAUGAUUAGGGUGUUCUCCGAAUGUCCGGACUGCAUGACCGAGAACGAAGACUGCGUUGGUGAAUGCGACUUGGAUCCUCGGGUGGUGCCAGAUAGCAACAACAACGAUGUGCCGGUAGCUCCCAUUAAAAUGAAAGCACCCGAUCCCACGAAGCCUGAUCCGCAGCGGCAGGCUAUGGAGAAACUGUUCCUGGAUGUCGCUGGAGUCGACGGCGAGGUUGACUGGAUGGAGCUGAAGUUGGUACUGGAUCACUGCUUCCGGGACGACAUAGCGAUUGCGGCCAAAGGAGUCUCCCGGAGUUACCACGUGGCCCCGGUGGAAUCCAAGAAAUCCCUGACACCUCAAGGUGAGGUCGUGUGUUGCGGCCUGUUGGCCAUGCUGCAGGAUUGGUACGUCAACAUGGCCGGUGGGGACAAUCGUCCAGAGCGCAGUACUUCCGGCGACUUCGUGGUCGCCAAGGAGAGGGCUCCUCUCAUGACCGGUGAGACGUCUCCCGAAAUCAGUGCCGUCGGGUUCUCCAAGGAUGCCUGCCGUUCGAUGGUGGCUAUGCUCGAUGAGGAUCAAUCCGGCAAGCUCGGGUUCUUGGAGUUCCAGAAGUUGCUGACCGAAAUUGCCCGCUGGAAGGCAGUGUUCAAGCUGUACGACACGGACCGUUCCGGGCAUUUGAACCCAUUUGAGCUGCGGGCAGCUUUGCAGUCGGCCGGUUACCAUCUGAACAGCAAGAUCCUGAACAGUUUGAUGCAUCGGUACGGUUCACGCGAGGGGGAGAUAUGGUUCGAUGAUUUUAUAACCUGUGCGGUGAAGAUUAAAACCAUGAUUGAUAUCUUCCGCGCAAAGGACGUGAAUGGAAUCGCUUCGUUCAACAUGGACGAAUGGAUACAGAAAACUAUUUAUUGUUAAUGCCAGACGUGUGUUACUGUGACCUGUGCUCGACUAACGCUCCUCUAAUGCAGUUUGCCUAUUUCUAUCUCCGAAGAGGCCGGUACUUUGAAACAAAGUUUAUCUUUUAUUGUUGAUUGUGAAACUGAAUAAAGUUGUUUGAAUUUA